GCUCCAGGGGCGAGGAUGGGCCGGAAGGGCACAGCUGGGGAGACCAGGUUCCUGGGCCGCAACUCAACAACGCUCACCUGCCUCUCGGGGCUCGCUCCCGGCUUCUUCGCGGCAGCCGGCUUCGCACCUCCCGCCUCUCGCGAUGUGAGGACUCUGCGGGAGUGCGGGCAGGACGGAAGUGGCCUUGGCGAGCUCCCGGGUGUCCGCCGCGUCACUGGCGGAGGCGUGCCCGCUUCCAAGAUGGCGGCGGCAGCGGCGGCGGCGUCAGGCGCGCUCGGCCGGGCGGGCUGGAGGCUCCUGCAGCUGCGGUGCCUGCCCGUGUCCCGUUGCCAGUCAGCCAUGGUGUCACGUGCCUUCCAUGCUUCAGCUGUGCAGCUCAAGUCUUCAGAUGAGCAGAAGCAACAACCUCCCCCGUCUUUUUCUCAGCAACAUCCUGAGACACACAGAGCAGAAGAACCCAAGCCAGAGUCCCCUCGUCCACCCCCCAGGUACACAGAUCAGGGCGGUGAGGAGGAGGAGGACCAUGAGAGCGAGGAGCAGCUGCAGCACCGCAUCCUGACCGCAGCCCUGGAGUUCGUGCCUGCCCACGGGUGGACAGCAGAGGCCAUCGCGGAAGGAGCCCAGUCUCUGGGUCUCUCCACUGCAGCAGCCAGCAUGUUUGGGAAUGACAGCAGUGAGCUGGUACUGCAUUUUGUGACCCAGUGCAAUGCUCGGCUCACUCAUGUGCUGGAAGAGGAGCAGAAGCUGGUACAGCUGGGCCAGGCUGAGAAGAGGAAGACAGACCAGUUCCUGAGGGAUGCAGUGGAAACCAGACUGAGAAUGCUGAUUCCGUACAUUGAGCACUGGCCCCGGGCCCUCAGCAUCCUCAUGCUCCCGCACAACAUCCCAUCCAGCCUAAGCCUGAUCACCAGUAUGGUGGAUGACAUGUGGCAUUACGCUGGGGACCAGUCCACUGAUUUUAACUGGUAUACCCGCCGAGCUGUGCUGGCUGGCAUCUACAACACGACAGAGCUGGUGAUGAUGCAGGACUCGUCCCCAGACUUCGAGGACACUUGGCACUUCCUGGAAAACCGGAUUAAUGACGCAAUGAACAUGGGCCACACUGCCAAGCAGGUAAAGUCCACUGGAGAGGCACUGGUUCAAGGACUCAUGGGUGCAGCAGUGACGCUCAAGAACCUGACCGGUCUAAACCAGCGCCGGUGAGCGGGAUGGGGUGUGAGCUAGAGUGCCCAGAAGAAAAUCUGCAGAUACAUUGAAAGGGCUUUGAAAGAUAUGAAGUGCCGCCCAUGGAACAGGGUGUUAAUGAGAAAACACUGAAGGACUCCUGAGUCACUAUGACAGCCACCUGGAAACCACAGAGCACUUGAUACAGCUGUAGCCUGCGAUCAGGCUACUUCUUCAGUUCUAAAUACCAGGCCAGGCCUCCUGAUGCCUUUCUGCAUUACCACUGUGUGACAAAAAAUGAGGCUCUCAUCCAAGCGUUCAAGCCACAGAAACCCGGCAUGUCCCUAUCUAUGGUCUCACAGAUACUUGAUCAUGUCUUAACCUUCCUAGAGUAAUCUCUGGGGCUCCCAAAUCAGAGUCAGGCUGUGAAACCUUUAUAAAGUGGCAGCCCAUCCCCAGCACAGCACAGACUUGUGCACACAGGUGUUCCUUGCACCCCUCCCCUUUCUGGUGUCCUGAGAUGCUGCACCUGGGAACCCCUCAGAAAGCUGCCUCACUUGAGACUGGUGCCUGCUGGACAGUGGUGCCCAGCCUGGCCGGAGGCGUGAACCCAGGCCGUUGUCGCAUUACACCAGCAUGUGUUGUAGGGUUAAGAGUCUGUACAAAUAGUAAUAAAUAUGUUUGAAGCA